AUGGGGAAGUCCAGAAAACUAAAGAACCUAGUCAAGAACGUGCAGUUUUUCGUUAAAAAAUGUAGAGAGAAAAACAAGAAACUGCUCUCCCUGAGCAGUCUGGAGGAAAAAGACGAAAUGCUCAAUUCGGGAAUCUUCACAGAUGAAAAAACAGACGGUAGUAAAAGCUUCAAGGAAAAUUCUGCUGAAAAUAUUUCCAAAAUGUCAAGUGAAUCCAAGUACGAAAUAACACACGAAGAUUUCGCCACUGCGCAUGGCAGACACUUGAGAAGAUCACAGACCCAGGGGAAUUUGCAUACCUUGUCUGAUUAUUUCGACAGAAGAAUUGGUAAGAAAAUGGUUAAGUUUGGGAAUGAUGGAUCGAAGAGAAAGCUCGUCGGGGGAAGUAUGGACGAAGGCGUACCAUUGAAUGAUGAAGAAGAAGUGAGAACGGAAAAGAGUUACACUAGCAGCGUAGGAACUAAGAAGAAAAAACAGUCCAAGGAUAGAAGAAUGGAGGAAAUGAAAAAUGAAAUUCUGGAGUGCGACUUGCACCUUCUCAGCAUAUACAAAAAGUUGGAAAAGGGGUCGAAAAGUGGCAGAGUGGUUAGGAGAAGUGGGACAAAAAAGGGUGGUGGUAAGGGAAGCGGCACAUUGAACAUGAAGGCUCAAACGAUAAAGACGUAUAAUUCGGAGGUUAUGAGCAUAAAGAAGGAGCUUUCCCUGCGGAGGAGCACAACCCACGGGAAGAGGAAAACGAGGAAAAGUGGCAGGGGAAGAGGGGAUGAAGAAAAAGACAGAGGUGGCAGUGGAGGGGGCAAAAUAAAAGGGGAAUCAUCAAAGGAACACACAAGCAGAGGAGUGAAAAAGAGAGCACACGAAGAACACAUUCAAAUUAAGCACAGCUUCUCAGGAGGAGAUGCCCCUCGCUUCGAUUCCAAAAGUUCUGUCCUAACACGAGAAGAAACCUUUUCCAAAUAUCAUCAGAUAAGUUCUUCGAAAAACACAUUUGACAAUUUUUAUUUCUUUCAAGAAGGACUAGCUAAUAGGUUGAACAAGAAGCAGAACACAUCCUCCUUUGACAUUGGCUGUAUGUACAUGAAUCCUGCCAUAAGUACAAGGAGCUCCAAAGAUUUGGGGCCAAAGGGGUCGAAGGAAGAAGGUGUUACUACCAGAACAGCCACUAGUGUUUUGGCUGCUACUGCCACUAGUACCUUUUUGAGUAGUUCCAAGAGUUUCCGUCGUUUUAAAUUUUUAAGUGACAACAAAAAGAACAUUGAAUAUUAUAAGCAGAUGAUAGACAAUUUGGAAGGGACGGUGGAGAAGUCGAAAAAACGGAGCAAUAAAAGUAGCGAAACUACGACAACCAAUGGAAUCAGUUCCAUAGACAGCAUCAUUAAAAUUAUAAACUGCCUGCUUCAUGAUUAUGUCCCCAAGUUGAUAGACAGGUAUGAGUACUACAUGAACACUCUAGACGAUAGGAAUAAAUUGCUGAAGAAGAAAAUUAGGGAGUCCCUGGACUUUGGGGAUCUUCAAUACGAAGAAAUCAGGGAGUUAAAAUCACAGGUGAUGCAAAAAAAUCAGGAAAAUAAAAAACUGAAUGACACUAUAGAAAUGUUGAAGGAUAAACUAUCAUACGUUAACGAGAUGGAGUUAAAAAAUGCAGAAUAUCUGGACGAAAUUAUGCUUAUGAGAAAUAGGGUUACGUAUUUGGAGAGACUGAUUGAAGAAAAUGAUCAAUCCAAGGAGUCACAUGAAUUGAGGAAAAUGAGGCAUAACUUGAGAAGGCUAUACAACAAAAUGAAGACUGAGAUGAGGCACAUGAAAACUCUAAAAUCGAGAUCCUUUAAUCGUAACAAGAGAGGGAAAUUUUCCAUUAGGAGAUGGAUUCGUUUGGAGGAGAAGAUGAAUGAACAUGAGGCGUCCAUGUUUAGCCUUGACCAGCAAAGGGUUGCCACUUCGGAGCUUAACCAAUCGGCCGAAAAGAAGAAAGAAGAACCAAAACAGUAUGCGGACAAAAGUGUAGACACGAGUGAUAUGCAAAGCGUGGUGAAGCCAGUUGACGUGGUAAGUGGCGAUGCCCAAUGCGCGCAAACUGAGGAGGGAGAAAAGGUUAAGAAGAGCAAAGUUCGAACGAAGAACAAAAAAAUCAACACCAUUGUAAGUAAUCGAACGUUUCUGGAGCUACUGAGGAGGGAGGAGAGUAUGGCGACGGUGGGAAGAAACAGCAAACUUGGGAGAGGUAAUAUAAUGAACCAAAGUGAUCGAAACAGUCGAAUGAGUCGGAGUAGCCUAUGCCUUGGAAGCGACAGGUGCACCCGCAUCCCUAUGGAAAGUUAUCCAUACUACCACUACUUCUACAGCAAUAUGCUAGCCACGUCGGAUUCAAGACCUGUUGUCAGCACAAGCCGCAUAUGGCCACUAACCCAAGUAGAAAAAGAACCCAAUGGGUUUUUUCCCCCCAAGAUGACUCUCUCGGAUGAAAAUUAUUUAUCCUUAUGCAGUCAACUUAAGGAGUGUAUUUAUCAGAAUUAUUUCGAGGAGUGCGCCGCAGAGCCCUUCGAUGGAGAGCAGCCUUUGGAAAAAAUACCCCAAUGGUGCGACGCUUCACUUGACCAGGCAAUACAGAACGGGAAAAAUUGGACAAUUACAAAGGGGGGAAAUAGGGGUACGCAAAAUGAUCAGCCUCUGGUUAGCAACCAAAUGGUGAGAGCCCCUGAAUGGAAGAGCCCUCUCUGGAAGGAUACCCCUCGAAGUGAUGAUGCAUCCACCCAGUCGAUAAGCAGAGGGAAGAACAAAUGUUACAAGAUGAUACCAUUCGACUGUUGCAGAAAUUUGAAUAGAAUUCUAACUGGCGAAAUGAACUGUUCUUCUCUCGUAUGGGGGUGUAACGGGGCAUCAUACAACCAAAGUAGCGGUGCGUUAGAUAGAAAGCGAACUGGUCGAAAGAGGUCAACCAUAUCAAGCAACUCUUCUUGGGAAAGGAAAGACAAGCUUAAGAUGACACGCGUAGUCAGGAAGAAUCACCCAUUUUUACGUAAUGAUACCGUUCGAUCUAAAAACAAACAUAGGUAUUAUUACCAUCGGAUUGGUAGAGCAGCGAAUGGGGAGGAUGGCUCAGAAGGGGAAACGAACCAAAUGGCUAACUGCACCAGGGGAAAUGAUCACCACAAAGAGGAGAAGCAGAAUGAACACACAUGCUUCGAUGUAUCGGAGGGAGGUGAUACGUACGAGCUUCACAUUCCACAGAAAUGGAACAAAGGGAUUGAUUUGGGGAGGAAGAUCCUCAUGGACGGUGAUUCUUAUAGAAGUACAUACGAUAAAGAGCGGAUGGAUAAUUUUAAAAAAUUUCUGGCCAUUUAUAAUUCACAUUUUGAAGGAGACCAGAAGGGUAACUUCAUUGGAAGUUUUAAAAAAGAACAAAGAGGGCCAACAUUUGAGAAAGGUAUGUUUGACCAAGCUGUGCAGGCACAAGUUGGAGGAAAGGAAGAAGAUCACACAUACACCACAGGGGUACAAACGAUUAAGAUUAAAGGGGUUUCAACUAGAAACAGGGGUGGUGAUACCAUUGAUUGCACAACUGGUGGAACGAACAAGGAGCAUAGCAAUACCUACCAAAUUAGUAGCCACUACAACCGCUGUCGUGUUCAUCCGCUUUAUAUCUCACGCCAUUCAAAUGAGGUCCAGAAUAUCAGAAGCAAGGACUGCGAUACACGUAGGGGUGCGCUUGAUGUAAAAAUGGGGAACGCCACCCCCUUUGUAGCGAACACUAGCAACUGGCCUGGAGCACUGACUGUUGUCAGCGGGAGGGAGGAAAAUGGAGGUGGCCCCUCCCACUGGAUAAAUCCACCUCUUCACAGAGAUAUGGCAUACUUGACCCAUAUCCCCCCCGGCCACUUACCCCAAAAUGGAAUAGAAUCUAAGGGGAAUGAAACAAUUAGGUAUCAUAAUUCACUUAACCAGUUUUUCGAUAUAAACACGAAGGAUUUUGAAGCCAUUAAUAAGUAUCUACAUGGCCAUGUGUUGUACACACACACAAGGGGCGAGGGCAUAUAA